UCGAAGUUGUAUAACAUGCUCGAGAACAUGAAUACUCCGCUUUUCGCAAACUGCAGACUGCGUCUUCCUUGCAUCGCAUUCCAUGUCACGGAAGUCAAACGGAGGCCUGCUCAUGCUGCUCAUUCCAUAUAUGAAGUCAAAGCAGAUGGGCUUCAGGACUUACUGAUCACCACGGACAAGACACUAAUUCAGUUCUCGCGCGCAAGACCCACUCGGCAGACAUUCUUUCUUGUCCGUCCAUGGGAUCGUCGUCUCCUUGGGCUGCCUGAUUUUUCAGAGCAGCUCACCUUUGCAGAAGAAGGGGAGAGCGUAGGAUUGGUCCGAGUCCCGUCGUCCAGCAACUUACCUGGAGAAGAGGAGUUGUCAGUUGACUCGGAUGUUCACUCACGAUCAUUGCGUUUGAUGGUUCACCUUGGGCAGGCUUUCAGCGCACUUUUGGUAGCGCAACAACGCGUUGGAGAAUACAAGAGGGUCGCGUUGGACCAUAAUAUCAUUGCGCAGAUGAAACACCCGGCUUCGAUUGACAUUAUGAACAUCAGGACCCUAGACAUAUUGUAGCUGAAUGGUUUUUUUACAAACCUCGACGAUCACAUUAUCAUAGCCUCAUAUAUCAGACAUACCCUGC